GGCGGCGGCGGCCAAGUCUGCGGGCGCGACGGCCUGAGCCUGUGCGGCGGCGAGGGAGACGGCAGCUGCGGCGGUGCGGCCCGCGCCCUGGAGCAGAGGAGGGGUGCCCGCGCCGGAGGCCGACGCGCCCACGGGAAGGGCCCUGGUGCCGACGGCAGUAGGGGCUGCAGCGGCAGGAGCAGGGGCGGCGCGCAUGAAGGUGGGCGCGCAUGAAGGUGCCCACGGCGCGCGGCUGCAGGAGCGGCCGCUGGCACGGCAGCGGGCCGCCAGCACGGCAGCGGGCCGCCAGCAGCAUAGGAAGCGGCGGCGGCUCCCUGGAGCCACGGCCAUGCCGCGUCGGGAGCCGGGUGGGCGACGCCAGGAGGAGGGGCGGCGCCAGUCCCAGCGCCGUCAGGGGCGGCAGCGCCCUGGGCUGCGGCGGUCGCGGCUGCGCCAGGGGCAGUGGCGGCGGCGGCCAGGGACGCCCGGGCGGCGAAAUCGGCGGUGGUGGUGGCGCCAGCCAGGCCCGCGCCCGGAUCCGCGCCGAGGGCUGCAGCAAGGGCGGCGGCGGCGGGAGGAGUGGGUUGGGGAGGGUCUCGACGACGGCGAGGGCCGCGGCGGGAAGCCAGGGCGCCGCAGGCCAAGCAGCGGCGGGUGACCAGGGCGCCGCGACGGCUGGAUCUACAGCGGCGGCGCGCUGGGCAGCAGCGUGGGCACUCUGGGCGGCGGCCGCAGCUGCAGCAGUGUCGGCUUGCAGCGCCUGUUGCAGGGGAGGUUGCAGGGGAGCCUGCAGCGCCUGCACGGCGGCGCUCUGCUGCUGGGCGGCGGCGCUCCCCCCGUCCUCAGCACCCACCGCGCUUGCACCCGCGGCGGCGGCGGCAGCAGCUGCGGGAUCUGGCAGGGGCGGACCUGCGGCGGCGACUGCAGCCGCGUCCUGCCUGAAAACAGCAGUGAGGGCCACCGCGGGGGCAGCAGCGGCGGGUCCAGGUCCCGCGUUGCCCACGCCCGGCCCAGGGAGGGCGGAUCCCGCCGCGGCGGCGUCCGGCCCAGGGAGGGCGGUUGCGGAUCGGGACCUCGCAGGUCGGGCCCAGGCGGCGGCGGCGGGUUGCAGGGCGGCGUCGGGGCAAAUCCGAGGCCAAGUUGCGGCGGCAGCCCACGCAGAGGCAGCGCCCGGCGCAGGGGAGGAGGAGGAGGAGGAAAGAGGAGGGAAGGAGGAGGAGGGGGCGGCGCCGGCGGCCGGCGGCGGCUGCCCUGGGAGGUAGGAGAGGAGGAGAGGAGAAAAACCUAGGCAAAAGAUACCAUGUGGGAGAGAAUAAUAGAUGUAUUCCUCCAAACCCUAGAAGGGUGGGAUAUAUACAUGGGCCUCUAGAUGGGCCUCUAUACAUGGGCUCAAUAUACUCCAACAAUUCUUAUCUAUGAACUCCAUUCCAAUUUGAGGAGAAUAUUUGCUGUUCAUAUCUGCAUUGUUCCCCUCAGAUGCUGCCACUUGUUCUGAUCUAAUGAAGGCUUUAAUCUCUUCCUUAGUAAGUUCUUGGCUGCCAUUUUCUUCUUUUUCUGGUGCUCUUUCAUUUCCUCCAGUUACUCUUUCUGUGUCUCUGUAAUCUAUCAUGCAUGAUCUGUCGGCUUGAUUUUCUUCACUUGUUGUUGCUUCAUUUUCUGUAGAUGUUGUUCCUGUUGUAUUCUAUAAGAUAAAUAUGUGUUCAUGUUAUUCUUUUUUGUAUUAAUUCAAUAAUAUAAUACUUAUCUAUCUAUCCAUGUAAGUCUUUUGUUUAAUCUUAUUACUCACCACAGCAAUUUGCAUGUUGUUAAAUAUGUCGAUUCCCCAGUUCCAAUCAUCUGCACUUUGAGAUGUUUUUUCUUGAACACAUGGCCUGCCUGAAUCCUACAACAUCCCAAAAACAAGUAGUUAGUUCUGCUGAAUGCAAUUUAUUUGACAGUGUAAUAUUGUUAUAAUAUUGUUUUCAUAUGGGACCAUGAGAAUCUAUAAUAUCUUCAAUAUCGAAAUGAUCAGGUUUUUACAUGGUUAUAAUAUUGUUUUUAUAUUUUUUUGAUAGUGUAAUAAGUGUAUUGAGUAUAUGUAAACUUUGAUGGGCCAAAGGUAUAAUUGCUAUUUGAUGCAUUGUUUACUCACUAUCAAGUAAAUAAUGCUCAUCAAAGCAAAAUUGAUGAUAUGUGUACUUACAUUCUGUAUCUCUCUCUGUAGAUCAAAUUUAGUUACUUCAAAAUUGUAGUUGCCCCAGUCAUUUGAUCCUGCCAAUUGCUCGAUAGAAACAUCCUGUAUUUAUAAUCCAAAAGGUACAUACAGUCAGUACGCAUAUCAAUCUGAUCCUUUUGUGAAUUUUCAUUGAAAGUAUUGUGUUGUUUUACCUCUGGGUUGUAAUCUCCUAGAAUCAGUGAUGUGAGUGAGCCAGGUGCACCCUGCAUGUGAUAUGUUAUAUUAGAUUUACAUGAUUCAAGUUUGAAACUAUUGUGCUGUUUUACCUUUGGGUGGUAAUCUCCUAGAACCAGUGAUGUGAGUGAGUCAGGUGCACCCUGCACAUAUGUCAUCUGUUAUAUUAGAUUCACAUGAUUCAAGUUUCUGAAUUAAUUACAAUAGUACUUUGAUAAUCAUCUUACCUCAUAUGAAUUUCGAUCUGCUUGCUCUUGCGAAUUUCGUAUCUGUUCCAUCAUCAGAUCUGUGUAUCCACCUGGCAAAAUUACAUUUGACUUCUGCACUAUAUUUGCUUGUUCCAUUCUAAUGUUUGUUUCCAUUAUCCUUGCUGCAGCAUCGAAGAGUAGGUUUCCAUCCUCCAUUUGUGUGGUUUAUUUCAAUCAAUUAUUAGCAACUUGAUCUUGAAGUAAUGAUGUUGAUUUUGGAUAAAUAUGAAAGCUGUUCACAAUGUUUGCAACAAGAUCCAGUUCAGCCAAAAGGUAUUUAGAAUUCUUUACCUGGGGGGGUAGAUCUUUGGAGUUGUCUUGAUCGCAUGGCUUCCUUUUCUGCUUCAUCUUCUCCUUUUUUGAUGAUCUUCAUUUUUUUUCUUCACUGGAGUUUGAGUCGGCGGCAGCACCCUUUUGCAGCAACUGCCGCUGCCGCUGCCCCCCUCCUCUUUCUUCCCGUCCGAUUGAUCUCGUAACAGAUUUGUUUUACUUCUUUUGGUGAAGAAGCUUUUGUAUGUUUUAAUUGGGCCUUCUUUUUCCUGCUAGGAUUUUGUUGAUGGGCCUUUUGAGUUGGUCCAAUUAGUUAUCCGUCCUGUAUCUUAUUCUUUGUGGGCCUUAUUUGAGUGGUUGUCGUUUUGGGCCCAGCUUGAUUACUUUUGAUGUUUCCAUUUCAUUUUUCAUGUUUAUUUUGCCUCUACAAUCUAUCUGUCUGUUCAUUUUCUUCAGCUUUAGCUGUGAACUGCUUCUUUUUUUCUAUCCUUCAUUCAAAUUUUUUCUUGAUCUGUGCUACUUCAGUUCAUUUGCUAUCAUUCAUUCUUUGUUCUUUUGAUCAGAUUCAUUCCAUUCAAUUUUCCUAAAAAUUUGAACUAUUGCUUCAUUUGCUAAUCUUUUAAUCAUUACUGAUGAUGCUAGUUUUACAUAAUGCAUAUUGUAACUUUUCAGUAAUUUUCAUGUAAUUUUUUAUUGACAUGAAUUUACUCCUCUGAAUAUAUUUUUUUUUCAUUAUGUAAUAAGUUGUAACUGUUGCCUACCCCAACUUGCUUGGGGAAAAAGGCUAUGUUGUUGUUUGUUUGUUUGUUUGUUGUGUAAUAAGUUGUAACUGUUCAGUUGUUGAUACGUAAGUUUCUGUGCAUAUAUAUGUAAUAAGUUUAUGUGAUAUGGUAUUAGUUCAAUCUUUCUAUAUUAGUUUGAUCUUUUUGUUUUGUUAGCUAUUACAUGUAUUUAAUAUUGUUUUUUACAUUUUUUUCUCAUAUAAUAAGUUCAAUCUGUGUAUAUUUGUUCAAUCGAGUCGGCUAUCAUAUUUUGUUGUUUAAUUUGCAAUUUCUGGUUUAGUUCUUGUAAAUGUAUUGAAUUUAAGGUCAAUGUUAAACUAUAAAUUUGGCUUUUCAGCAUGUUUAUCAUUUAUAUUAUUUACAUAUUUUGUCAGCCAUUGGAUGUGAAUCUAAUGGUUUGUAAAAUCGAGUGUUGGUGUAGCUAGAAUCACUCGAUUCUCAUUAUCUGGUACAAUCGAGUGCUCUAUUUGUUUCUGACACUCGGGUGUUGUUCCCCCUUAGAAAACUCGAGUAUGAGGUAGACAGCUCCUUCUCAUUUGAUUCCGUGAAGCAGCUCACCAGGAUGUGGAAAUCCAAGAUCAAAGACCCAUCGACAUGUAGUACCUAAUUCCCAUCGACAUGUAGUACCUAAUUUCCACUGGUUAAUUCAGAGCACGCUUAAUGUACUCAUGGGCGGGUACAUGUUCCUCGAGCUCGGGUAUGACAGGCCUGUGAAGUAGUAGUGCAGGACAGUUCAUGUCAGCUCACUUUGUAGUAUCGUUCCUUUCAAGCAUGCUCUUUCUUUCCCUUAACCAGUUCGACAAAUUGGAACUGUAUGAAUUGUUGAUUGUUCGUUAGACAAAGCAAUUUUUUUGAAGGUAUUUAGAGAAAGCAAUGCUUAACCUGUUUAAUCGACUUAAUCUGCCACUUGUUUUGUAUUCUAGAAUUCCUUUUGUCAGUAUAAAAAUAGAUAUAUUUAUAGCUAAUGAUGGAGGAUUUCUUCACUAGUCAACACAUAAUAAUGGGCUAGUACAGAUAAUAAGGAUGAUUUUUAUAUUUAAGAAUUGAGGAUUUCAUCAGCUAGGACUAUCACUAUCUUAGAAUAAUGGGUAGAAACGAAGCACUUCCUAUAUGCUGAUUAUAGCUGAUUCCAUAGUACAUUCAAUCCUUUGCUGCCAUUUGUUAAAUUUCAGCAUAUACGGUUAUGAUGAUUGAUGAGUUCUCUAGAUUGGAGCUCACUUUCUGAACAAUCCACCAUAGCCUAUUUUUCAGAUAGUUCUGGUCACCACAUUUCUAAUUAAUUCACAGUAGUCAUCUUUUUUUUUUUUCAAAUCGCUGCAGCAACUGAUAUUUCUAAUUAAUCCAUGUAACCAAAUUUUCAGUUUGUUGUGGCAACUUCAUUUUUCAGUAAAGAUCAAGACUGCCAUUUUUGUUGGCUUCACACAAGAAGAUAAUGCUAUAUUGAGUACUACUGCAUCUGCACCUCCAUGUCUAAUUUUUUGCACCUAUUCUAUCAGGUUUUAUGUAGGUAUUCAGGUCGAUAUAUAUACGCAAACAAUUUUAUUCCUAGAGAUUCGGUUGCCAGAGUAUUUUUGUUUCAUUUGUUCUUCCCAUUUUCCUGUUUCAUUAUUAUAAUUACGGUUUCUUGCAGGCUCGAUAGCUAUGUAUAAUGGCAUGGUGCUACAUAUAGUCUUGACUUUCUUCCUUCUUAACUAUCUUGUUAGCUGACUAUUUACUGACAAUAAGGGAACGAGAAUUCUAUACUGGUUGUGUUCAGACCCUCCUAGUAAGAAUAAAAAUAGUUCAUGUAAUUUCUUUACUCCUUGCCUAUUUCACCUUCUGAAUGAUAUUGUUUUGAAGCUUCAGUCUUGUGGCACUAGACCUAGUAAGAAAUAAAAAAAGCAUGCAUACUUUUUUUUUUGUUACUCGCUCAUUUCACCUUCUCUUCAGUGUGAUCUGAAUAUUCUGUUUGUAGCACUUUUGAAUUUUGAUUCUAGACUAUCAUUUUGUGUGUGUUUUUGUUGUUUAUGGAUGCAGUGUUUUUUAUUUAGCGAUUCGGAUAGAGGGAAAGGCCAGAUCAGGCCAGAAGGUGCAUGGGGAGCACUACUUGUUGCCUGGAUUGUCUUUUGAAUCUGCAAUAGGAGCCAAGCCAAAGGCACAUUUCUGUGUGUUCAUUUGUGGCUAGAUAUGAUCAAUUUUAAAUAGGUUUCAUGUAUUCCUAGAAAUCAGUAUUGUUUUUGGUGUGAGGACCUGAACCUUUUGUAGAAUGCUUAUAACAGGUGUGUGACCAUUCUGACAAAUUGAUGGCACGCAAUAAUGUGUUGUUCUGAACUAUUGACAUUUGCAUGGAGCUCCAAGUUCACAUUAGAGCAGAUUUAUCAGAGCCUGGCAUUUGUAAGCAUUAUGGAAGACAUCCAUAAAAGCUCAGAUGACGUGAAGGCUGAAAUAUCUCCAGGGAAGUUAGAAAAUUAUUGUUAGCUUGAUGGUUCAUGUCCUUCCGAGACAUCCAUUUGUAUGCCUGUAAUUUGGUCCAUAACCCUUCUAAUGGCACGAUGAUUGAUGUCAAAGUAUUUA